GCAACGUGAUACUCUGAAUUUCACAAUUACACACAAUAUCUUCAAGAAGUUGGCUUUUUUGUGAAAUGUACGUCGGAUACUUACCCGUCAAGGAGUGUUGCACCGUUCUGAGUCUUGGAAGGCACAAAAAACUCAACAAUUAAUAACAAACAGUGUGUGCCUCCGAAGCACGCUGAAGUUUUGGACAGCAUCCUUUUGCCAGUCCUAGACCAACUUGCACAAGGCAAUGGCAUCGUUUAAACCCACGAAAAUCCCUGUGGUCCAGCAGCUUGGGGAAAAAGUAACAGAGGACACUCGUUACUGGAAGAGUUUCAAAACCACAGUGCAGGUGAAGGAGUUUGGUGCCAUCACCAAGAUCGACUUCUCUCCUCUGCCACCCCACAACUAUGCUGUCACUGCCUCAACCAGAGUGCAGGUCUACGGGCCGCACUCACAGGAGCCGCAGCGGAGUUUCACACGCUUCAAGAGCACGGCGUACGGUGGCACUUUCCGUGGUGACGGUCAGCUGCUCGUGACAGGAAGUGAAGAGGGACUCAUCCGACUCUUCGAUGUCAACGGACGAGUGUCCCUCCGUCAGUACAAUGGACACAACAAGGCGGUGAGGGUGACAUCAUUUUUGUCAGACGGUUUCCACAUCGUGUCUGGCUCUGAUGACCUCACAUGUCGCGUGUGGGACGUGUCCACAGCUCAGGAGCUUUUCCGCUUCAGUGACCACACAGACUACAUCCGCGCCCUCGCCCCCAGCACACGCAACCCCGACCUCUUCAUCACAGGCUCGUAUGACCACACGGUGCGUGUGUAUGACGUCCGCCAGGAGAAGUGUGUGAUGAGUAUGGACCAUGGGCAGCCCGUGGAGAGUGUGCUGGUCUACCCCUCAGAUGGCCUCAUCGUCUCCACAGCAGUGGCGUUACCUGCGGUUGCACCACCUGACUGCUACUAA